AGCACAGUAACACAAGGUGAAUGAUGUCUACCCUUAAACAGAAGCCUAGAACAGAACGGGAUAAAUUUCUAGAAGCUAUUGUGAAAGUGGCUGGGGAUGCCAGCAAGAAAUCCGCGGAAGAAUUGCUGUUUCGUUAUAAAGGGGUUCUAUAUCCCAUUUACAUCUGCAGUGAGGCAACCUUCCAAGCUGUGCAAUCACUGGAAGCCAGGGAAGAUGAUAUGUUCAUUGCAACUUACCCAAAAUGUGGAACAAAUUGGAUAACCCAAGUUCUGCACGAGGUGGUCUAUUUUACUCACAACAGAGAGCCAUUGCUAGAAGAUGCAAUGUUGGAAUUUGGAGAACCAGAGAAAGUAGAGAGUAUUACGAGACAAGCUUCGCCAAGGAUAUUUUCAACACACCUCUAUUACAAUGACAUGCCAAAAUCAUUUAUUGAAAACAAAUCAAAGAUCUUGUGGAUCCUUCGGAAUCCAAAAGACACAGCAGUUUCAUUUUACCAUUUCUGUAACAAUAAUCCAAUACUUCCAACCUACCAUUCUUGGGAUUCGUUUUUUCAGGAUUAUAUGAAUGCAAAAGUAUGCUAUGGAUCUUACUUUGAUCAUGCUUUAUCCUGGAAUGAGCACAUAGAUGAAGAAAAUAUAAUGGCAGUCACAUUCGAAGAAAUAAAAGAGGAUUUUGCUAAACAACUGAAGAAAAUAUGUAAAUUCUUUGGACUCCAUUUGACAAAUGAACAAAUUAACAAAAUUGAAAAUAAGACUACUUUUAAAUCAAUGAAGGAAAAAUCCAAUGAAACUCAUGGUGAAUUUGGUGAUUUAAUGUUCCGAAAAGGGGAGAUAGGGGACUGGAGGAGCCUUUUCACUGAAGAACAGAGCAGAGAGAUGGACGCAAAGUUUGAGGAACGUCUUGCAGGAACAAAAGUGGGAAAGAAGCUAAAUUAUAAUAAAUACUGCAAGUUCUAGAAUUAUCCAGACACCAGCAAGGUUAGAUUUUGCCUACUGCCUUAGUAAAGAUUACACACUAAAUUAUGUUAGCUUAUUUUACUGAUUCAGAGUUGCAUUCACAGUUUACAAAUAAUCCCUCAAUUACAGACCAUAAAUAAUUACCUUUAAAAUCCACAUAUUUCUCAAUGAAUAAUUAACCUAAUAAUGUUUAGCUUAUUGGAAAAUUAAGCAAAUAAAGAUUCAUUCCUACUAUUUUCACACCUCUGGAUUGGAUUUUAUUUUUUAAUUUUUUGUGCUCAUUCUAAUGCUUUGAUAUUUGAAUUCAGCCCCAUUGAA